GGCUGAAAGUAGUAACAAGUCAUGAGCAUGGAACAAAGAAGUAAGAAUGAAGAGAUGAACAACUGAAAUGAAACACAGAAGAGAAGCAAGCAAAACGCUCACAUAAAAAUCCAUUUGGAGUGAGUAAUGAACUUAGCCUAGCUAAUUCAGGAAGGAUCCACUUUCCGGACUUUCUGAUGAGUCGGACUCAGCACCCAUAUUAAUCACAGGCUGAAGAGCAACUGGUCUCUUGAUCAAGGGUUUGGCUACUGAGAACAUUGUCACUUUCUGGACUCUGUCCCGUCUGCAAUUUAAUACAUUUUCAAAUGCAAGACUUUGACUAUGCUGGACGCUGAUUGCUAAGGCAUUUUUUUUGCCGUAGAUUUGCAAAGGGGCAGCACGCUGCAUGCGGAGGCUUAAAGCAUUCUUCUGAACCCAGAGCAACUUCCAAUGAAACAAUGAGGGAAAGUCAGAAGGAGUAUGCAGACGACAAUGAGAAAGGGAUCCACAUUAUCAACAUCAAGGCUAUUGAAGACAUCGGAUAUGUCCAGUCUGAUGGCAUGUUGCUAAACUCCUUGGAAGCAGAUCGGGAAACUGGCUGUAAACAUGGCAUAUUCUUUAAAGACGGGCAGAGGAAAGUGGAUUAUAUCUUGGCAUUCACCUACAAGAAGUCUGGCAGCAGAACCCCAAACAAAAAGAACCAUCACAAUAACUCUGUACAUAACUUGCACAGCCCAAAGGAUGAUCACCAUCUGCCUGGGGGAGGUGGUGACCUGGAGGCAAUGGAAGCAGAGCCUAAAAUGGAUUAUCAUGAAGAUGACAAGCGUUUCCGCAGGGAAGAAUAUGAAGGCAACCUGAUCGAGACUGGUCUAGAACUGGAAAGGGAUGAAGAGACUAAACUACAUGGUGUUGGCUUUGUAAAGAUCCAUGCUCCUUGGAAUGUACUAUGCAGAGAAGCUGAGUUUAUGAAACUCAAGAUGCCCACAAAAAAGGUCUAUCAAAUAAAUCGGACUCAAGGUCUAAUGCAGAAACUGAGUUCUUUUAUUCAUAAAAUAAGUGAACCAAUUCAACCAAAGGUUGCUGGUCUUAGACCCCAGACAGUAAAACAUCUCUCAUACCCCUUCUCCAGAGAGAAGCAGCAUUUAUUCGAUAUGUCGGACAAGGAAUCGUUUUUUGACAGCAAAACAAGAAGUUCCAUUGUGUAUGAAAUCUUGAAGCGAACAACCUGCACCAAAGCCAAAUACAGCAUGGGAAUUACCAGUUUGCUUGCCAAUGGUGUGUACAGCGCUGCCUAUCCACUGCAUGAUGGUGACUAUGACAGUGAAGCUGAAGCCAAUGAUAGGAAGCUGCUGAGUGACGAAUGGGCAAGUUAUAGUGCUUUUUACAAGUACCAACCGAUUGACCUUGUCAGGAAGUAUUUUGGAGAGAAGAUAGGACUGUACUUUGCCUGGCUGGGAGUUUAUACUCAGAUGCUUAUUCCAGCUUCAGUUGUGGGAAUAAUAGUGUUUCUGUAUGGCUGUGCCACCGUUGAUGAGAAUAUUCCAAGUAUGGAGAUGUGUGACACAAGAUACAACAUUACCAUGUGCCCCCUGUGCGACAGGACUUGUAACUACUGGAAGAUGAGCUCUGCGUGUGGUACAGCCAGGGCCAGCCAUCUCUUUGACAACCCCGCUACAGUAUUCUUCUCUGUCUUCAUGGCUUUAUGGGCUGCCAGUUUCAUGGAGCACUGGAAGAGAAGACAGAUGCGCCUCAACUACAGAUGGGACCUAACUGGUUUUGAAGAGGAAGAGGGCAUGGUCAAGGAUCAUCCAAGGGCUGAAUAUGAGGCUAAAGUUCUGCAGAAAUCUCUGAAAAAAGAAUACAGGAGCAAAGAGAAGCAACAGCAUGUUCCUGAAGACAACCCCAACAAGUGGAAGCAGAGGGUUAAGACUGCUAUGGCUGGGGUGAAAUUGACUGAAAAGGAGAAGCUCACCUGGAGAGACAGGUUUCCAGCUUACCUAACAAAUGUGGUGGGCAUCAUUUUCAUGAUUGGCGUGACGUUCGCGAUCGUGUUUGGAGUCAUCAUGUACCGGAUAUCCACUGCUGCAGCCUUAGCGAUGAGCUCAAACCCCAACACCCGUGCAAAUGUGAGGGUUACUGUCACAGCGACGGCAGUAAUCAUCAACUUGGUGGUGAUUCUGAUCCUUGAUGAAGUGUAUGGUGCUAUUGCCCGGUGGCUUACACAGAUUGAGGUUCCCAAAACUGACAAGACGUUUGAAGAACGCUUGAUAUUCAAGGCUUUCCUGCUGAAAUUUGUGAACGCUUACACACCCAUUUUUUACGUGGCUUUCUUUAAGGGCAGGAUUGUUGGGCGACCUGGAGAUUACUACUACAUAUUUCAGUCAUUUAGAAUGGAGGAGUGUGCCCCUGGUGGUUGUUUGAUGGAACUGUGCAUCCAGCUAAGUAUCAUUAUGUUGGGAAAGCAGCUGAUUCAGAACAAUCUCUUCGAGAUUGGAAUCCCGAAGAUGAAGAAAUUGAUCAGAUACCUUAAGUCAAAAAGACAGUCCUAUAAGGACCAUGAGGAGCACUUGAAGAAGAAGCAACGUUAUGAGGAGGAUUAUGACCUAGAGCCUUUUGCGGGCCUAACUCCAGAGUACAUGGAAAUGAUUAUACAGUUUGGUUUUGUGACCCUAUUUGUUGCCUCUUUUCCACUGGCUCCACUUUUUGCUUUGCUGAACAACAUAAUUGAAAUCCGGCUAGAUGCAAAGAAAUUCAUUACUGAGCUCAGGAGACCUGUAGCUGUAAGGGCAAAAGAUAUAGGUAUCUGGUAUAACAUCAUUCGAGGAGUUGGCAAGCUUGCUGUGAUAAUCAAUGCCUUUGUGAUAUCUUUUACAUCCGACUUCAUACCACGACUUGUUUACCUCUACAUGUACAGUCCAGACGGCACAAUGCAUGGCUUUGUGAACCACACGCUCUCCUACUUUAAUGUCAGUGAUUUUAAACUUGGCACUGAACCCAGUCAACCGGUAGAUCUUGGAUACAAAGUGGAAAUGUGCAGGUACAAAGAUUACAGAGAAGCACCCUGGUCUCUAAAUAAAUACGAUAUUAACAAAGAUUAUUGGGCUGUGCUGGCCGCACGACUGGCUUUUGUUAUUGUUUUUCAGAACUUGGUUAUGUUCAUGAGUGAUUUCGUAGACUGGAUAAUUCCAGAUAUUCCCAAAGAUAUCAGCGAACAGAUCCACAGGGAGAAGGUCCUCAUGGUUGAGGUGUUCCUGAAAGAAGAGCAGGGAAAAUUGCAAAUGCUGGAAACAUGGAAGGAACAUGAACGAAAAAAAGGAGAAAACUGUAACAGCCAAAGCCCAGGACUCUCUCGCAGUCAGAGAGGAAGUUCAUCGUCUAUGUAUUCUCAUCGUGUGGAUGUCUAGAGAGUGUGCAGGACAGUUUAAGGCUUUCAUUCCACUGAUCGAAAUAAUCAGCAACUUGACCCACCAAGAGCUAACGAGUUCAUCCUUUUUAAGUAAAUUAGCUCUACCCUUGGUGGAAAAAUGCAGGACCAUGUUUUUUAAAAUGAGCAGCAACUCAUUAAAACACUGCUCAUGUGUAUCUGCAUGGGGGAAAAUUAGCAAUAGUAUCGGUUAAUUUAAUCUCUAUUCAUUUUUUGUGCCUUGUGCUGAAGAUCCUGCAAAAAACUGUUUAAGCUUUAGUCGUAGAAUUAACCCCUGUGACUGCUGGAGGUCUUGAUGUCCAUUGAAAUAUUUUGCACAGAGUUCUGCGUUUAAGGCCUAGUUCCAUGGAUAUCUUUACUGGACAUGUCUGUGCUGACAUUCCGCAGUGGACAAUUUCUAAAAAGUCCUGAAAGAUUCUUGGAAUGAUCCUUUUGCUACCAAGCACAGUCUUGUUUGAAGGUGGAUGUAUUGGUUAUCUGUUGCAAGAUGUACCUCUUCUGUGGUCAAGAAGAACCGUUCUGUUUCAUGCAGCUUGCUAAGCCAAUGCUGUCCAUCGCAGCGUUAACAGGUUAAGCCUGCAGAGAGAAUAUUUUUAUAGAAACUACCUAUGCAAUGUAAAGAUGUCCUUUCUUUAUAUAAAACUUUUAUACCUAUUUAUUGAUACAAAGUUUAUUAGGAAGCAGUAUAUUCAUUUCAUGCCAGAAAAAAAAAAUCUGCACUGGCCGUCAGUACUAGAAAACCUCUGUGAAAUUCACAGGCUGGUUAAACACAUUUGCAUUGUCUGUUCUGUUUUAUUGUUUUUGAAUUUUCAUAGUUUGACAAAAACUGUUUUAACUUGCCCUUGUUUAUGCAACCUAAAUCGUUAAAACCUGUAAUGUGCUUUCGUCUGCAGGUGUCAGCUGCCUUUUUAAGACUGGCAGUUGUUGCAUAGCCAUUGUUCUACACACCGACCAACCGAAGACAGAAAAAAGGGCUAAGAUGGAUUCAGCAUGUCACUUACAGGAAUGUUUUAUACCAUUCUAAAGUUGGAAUAGUUGAGGGCACAGUUGGUCUCUAAGUGCCUGACCAUAUUAGUUGGCUGUGGUGGAUAUUUCUUAAGAAUGAAGGGUUAUAUAUCGGCAUAAUCUUCACGAUACUGAUUAAAAGUAAGGUUUUGUGUUAGGGUGUUGGGUAAAAACCAUUGAAUAUAGGGGUUUCUUUAUUUACAAUUUUAAAAGAAAUUGAAAGGGGGUGGUGGUGUGCAACCCAGUGCAGCCUUCUAAAUGGUCAGUGUAUUUUAUCAACAAACCCGCGCACAACCUGCAGAAUUCCCAGGGAUCUGCAACCUUGGCUCUGUUAAGGAACUACAAGUCCCACAAUGCAUUUGCCUUUAGACUCAUUCAAAAGGCUCCAUUGCAUUGUGGGACUUGUAGUUCCUUAACAGCUGGAGAGCCAAGGUUUGUAGAUGUAUAGAACCUGUGUUCUGUAAAAAAAAAAUUCAUUCAGUCCUAAUGUUUCAGAAGCAUCGGUUUCCAUUUCAAAGCAAAGCUUGUUGAAAUCACACACAAGCUUCUAUCAAACAAAAUGGAUCAUUUUACGCACCAAAAUAAAUUGUCCACCGAGAUUAACCACAAUCUGGGGCUUUCCGCAUAUCCCUGCACAAGUCUGAAAGCUACAGGCCCGUCUCUAUUAAAUCUUAGGGAAUUCAUUUGGUCAGGUUUACAUUUCACUUAAGACAGUUUAGCCUAUAAAGUCCGACUGUAAGUAGCCGAAUGACAUUCCUGUCACUCAAAAUAAACAUGGCCCGUGUACAGCUUUUAUUGGUUGGCAACAGAGCAUGGAAUACAAACACAUGUUAAAAACUGAGAUGAUCUUUAUAUGUUAUGGCACAUUUACAUGAUUAUACAAAUUCCUUUCUUGGGUAUUUUUUUUUUUUUUUUUUAAAUUAAAAUCUUGAUUUUGGUGAAAAUAAUAUAAAUAAAAUCUAAUAUGCA